GCCAUACAUGGCUAAAGCUCAGUUCCCCAAAAAUUAUAAAAGCAGGAAAACUCAAGACAAAGAAAUCCAACAAGGCCAGUGAUUUCAGUGAUAUGGCAAAUUGGCCAACACCAGGUGAAUUAGUGAACACUGGAUCUCAGAGUGUCAUCAGCCAAGGAAAUAAGAAGCUACAAAUUAGAAAAGAAAAAGAAGAAAAGAUUGAAAAGAGAAGUAAUGGCGAAAGCAAAGAAAAUCGGGAAGCAAAGUCAGAUGGUCCUGGCGAAAACAUUAGUGAAGAUGAGGCUCAAUCAAGCAAUCAGCGAAAGAGAGCUAAUAAGCACAAGUGGGUACCGCUCCACUUGGAUGAUGUAAGACCAGAUAGUCAAGAAAGGCCUGGAUCUCGGAAUAGCUCAAGAUGUCAGCCUGAACCAAAUAAAUCUGUGCAUAAUAAUAGGAGAAAUGAUACAAGAAGUUGGAGAAGAGAUAGAGAAAAGAGAGAUGAUCACGAUGAAGUGUCCAGUGUGAGAAGUGAGGGAGGUAAUAUCCGAGGUUCCUUUAGAGGCCGAGGAAGAGGCCGAGGACGGGGAAGAGGACGAGGAGGAAGAGGAAAUCCUCGAUUGAACUUUGAUUACUCAUAUGGCUAUCGAGACCAUGGUGAAAGGGCUGACCAGCCAUUUCAGACAGAACCCAAUACCAGUAUGAUGUAUUAUUAUGAUGAUGGUACAGGUGUGCAGUUGUAUCCUGUGGAAGAAACUUUGCUUAAAGAGUAUAUUAAACGUCAAAUUGAAUAUUAUUUUAGUAUAGAAAAUUUAGAACGAGACUUCUUUCUUCGGAGAAAAAUGGAUGAACAAGGUUUCUUGCCUAUUUCCCUGAUUGCUGGUUUUCACCGUGUCCAGGCUCUCACUACAAACCUUAAUCUCAUUUUAGAGGCACUGAAGGAUAGUACAGAAGUCGAAAUUGUGGAUGAGAAAAUGAGGAAAAAGAUAGAGCCAGAAAAAUGGCCAAUCCCAGGCCCUCCUCCACGAAAUGUGCCACAAACAGACUUCUCUCAGUUGAUUGAUUGUCCAGAGUUUGUACCAGGCCAAGCCUUUUGCUCACAUACAGGGUCUGCCCCAAUUUCUCCAAGAAUUGGAAGUCCAUUGAGCCCACAUCAGAAGAAUGAAACAAGUAAUCUUCAAGCAAUGUCUAGAGGUUUAUCUACCAGUUUACCUGACUUGGAUUCAGAACCAUGGAUGGAAGUAAAAAAGCGACACAGCCCAUUCCCAGUGAAAUUAAAGGAAUCAGUAUCUGUAUGUGAAGAGACAUCAAAUCAGCUAUAUUUUCCAGUAGAACAAGAACUUAAUUUUUUAUUUGAUGAAGAGAUGGAACAAAUAGGACCAAAAAACACACUUAAUGAUUGGUCUGAUAAUGAUUCUGAUUAUGAAGUUGAUGACCAGGACUUAAACAAGAUUUUGAUUGUAACUCAGACACCACCAUAUUUGAGAAAACAUCCUGGAGAAGAUCAAAUAGGCAACCACACAUCUCGCGCAGAAAUUACAUGGGAACUUGCUAGAGUUAUCAAUGAUGGCUUAUAUUAUCACGAACAGGAUCUAUUGUCAGAAGAAGACGAAAACUCACUCACAGCCAUAAAGCAAGAAGUUGAGAGCUUUAAGAAGCAAAAUCUCAUUACUGAAAAGCACUUUGAAAACCUAACACCUGAACUUCCUUUUGAGCCAAACCCAGAAGUUGAAUUUUUAGCACCUUCACAGCCCAGGCCAGAAGCAACUUCAGCAAUAAUGGCUCAUAUGUUACCCACGGCAGUUCCAGAAUCUCCUAGGAGUUAUCCAACAAGGACACCUAAAACACCCCGAACAUCCAGGUUACAAGAUCCUCACAAAACACCUAGAUUUUAUCCUGUUGUAAAAGAACCGAAAGCCAUUGAUUUAAAGUGUCCACGAAAGAGAAAAACGAGGCACAGUAGACCCCCUCUAGAGUGCCAUGUGGGUUGGGUGAUGGAUUCCAGAGAUCAUGAGCCACGAGCAUCCUCUGUCAGCAGUUCAAAUGCUUCACCUUCAGAAGGUGCGCCACUAAUGGGAAGUUGUGGAUGUACUCCUCACUCAUUCCCAAAGUUCCAGCACCCUUCCCAUGAGCUUUUGAAGGAAAAUGGCUUUACCCAACAAGUAUAUCACAAGUAUCGUCGAAGAUGUCUAAGUGAAAGAAAACGCUUGGGAAUUGGACAGUCCCAAGAAAUGAAUACCCUCUUUCGUUUUUGGUCCUUUUUCCUCAGAGAUCACUUCAAUAAAAAAAUGUAUGAGGAAUUUAGACAACUUGCUUGGGAAGAUGCAAAAGAAAAUUAUAGGUAUGGGUUAGAAUGCCUGUUCAGGUUUUAUAGUUAUGGACUGGAAAAAAAAUUCAGACAAGAAAUUUUUAAGGAUUUCCAAGAAGAAACCAAAAAAGACUACGAAUCUGGUCAGCUAUAUGGACUAGAAAAAUUUUGGGCCUAUCUGAAAUAUUCUCAAUCUAAAACACAGUCUGUGGACCCACAACUUCAGGAAUACCUCUGUAGGUUUAAGAAAUUAGAAGACUUUCGCGUUGAUCACCCUAUUGGUGAGGAAUUUGGAAGAAAAAGACAUUCAUCUACUUCUGGUGAGGAGCGUAAUCGUCAUAGAUUUCCAUCUAAUUCCUCUACAAAGCCACCAAAUGGUGCUAAGCCUACAUCUGCCAGUGAACUUCACAUCGCAGUAAAGUCUCCCAGAAGGAAUACUUCGUAAGACCCUGCAACAGUUAUUCCAGACUAGUGUGACCUCAGUCUCAACAAUGCCUGAGAAAUAGACUGUUAUGAAAGUUGUGUAUCCUUGAAAUCAACAUUUACAUCAGUAUUUAUGUUGGGAAAUCUUCUGAUGUUUAAUUGUGAUAACCAGAUAAAACAAAAAGGGAGAAAAGCAGUUAGCAUUUUUUUCUAGCAACAUAAAUUUCACAAGCACCCUGAUUUCACAAACAAGUAUAGUUUGUAUGGGCCCUCUGCUCAGUGAUGCACUUUGACCUCAGUGUUUCUUUAAUGCUAUGUUUACAAGACAGAAUUCCUUAAAUACACUGAAAAGUAACAUGAGGAAUGCCUGAUAUUUCAGCUCAUACUUCUUAAAGAAGAUAUAUUAAGUUGUAUUCAUCUCUUCUAUAGAGCUCUUAAAGAAGCAAAUGACCUCACUAUCAAUUCAUAUUUGGACGUGGAAAACAAAGGAAGAUGAUGUGUAUAUUUUUUAAAUUCACAAAACAAAUAUAUUUCUUUUUGGUAUAUAAAGAAAGCUUUUUUAAAAAAGUAGAAAUACAUAGUUACAUUGAAGUACAUGUACUUUUGAUGCUGAAUUUUGUUUUUUUUCCCCUCCUUAGUCAUACCUCAUGAUUUUCGUCAUUGAUGUGUUGGAUAGAGUUUUUCUGAAUUGGCAUAAAGUGGUUAUAUAUUAGAAAAGAUUUAAUUUUGUGAUUCUGUUAAACUUUGUACAUAGAAUUGGGAUUAUUGGUUAUAUUGGGAUUGGUUGAAAUACAUAUAUUGAGAAUUGGUUAUAUUAGGAUUGGUUGGAAUAUUGCUAUAAAUAAAUUAAAUGUCUGUCUGCUUGUUUCAAAUGUAUCUCCUGUUAGUACAUCUGCAAAUGGGCAUGUCACAAGUAGCUAGGUUAUCAAUUUAAAGGUAGUGUUCUUUUUCCUUUUUGUUUUUAUAAUUUUUGCUUUAUGCUUAUAAGUAUUUUUACAAGUUAUAACAUUAAUUUCUUUUUUGUUGUUACUGUAAGUGAUGUAAAUGAUAGUUUUUGAGUUUGGGUGGGAUUUAAAAAAGUAAAAAUUUUAAGCUUUAUUUAGAAUAUACUCAUAUUCAAACUAUACUAGUAGAAGACCAUUGUAUUUUAUAAAUGAACUUUCAGUUAUUAAACUUCUGUUCAUUUUCUUGAACACAAUAGGAGUCACAAGUAUUUUAUGUAUUGGCAGAAAUGGAUAGUUUUUGUACACUAAAUGUAUUGCUUUAUUUUUGUGUCAACCCACAUGUCUUCUUAGAAAUAGCAAUAUUAAAAUAUAGCUGGGGUGUUGUUUACUGGUAGAAUACUUGCUUAGCAUGACAACUCUUCCCCAAAAUCCUAAAAACCCCCAAGACAUAUAAUCUUACAUAUUCUUCUUUGGAUAAAAGGGUAUUCAUCAGUAAAUACAUUUGUAUUUAGUUAUUUUUCAGGUGUAAGUGAUCAUCUUUUGAAGUUAAAUUUAUUCUU